AUCGUCUAUUUUGAAGAAAUAUAGGUGGAUUGGAGAUGCUCUUAUACGUACGGGUAUCGUAUUAUUUAUGCGCCACCGUAUAUUCGCUGCCGGAACGGGAAGUAAAGCGGAAAGAAUGGCGUCUGUGCUGGAGGAAGAAGGGCCGUUUUCGGUGAAAGUAUUGGCGGCGGAGAGUUCGUCUUCGUCGUCGUCAAAUCCGACGAACGCCGUGAUCUUCGUCGGAAUAAGCCUGGUGUUGGGAAUCGCAUCUAGGCAUCUCCUCAGGGGCACCAGAGUCCCUUACACCGUCGCUCUCUUCAUCCUCGGUAUCGGCCUCGGUUCUUUAGAGUAUGGAACAAGUCAUGGACUAGGAAAGAUUGGUGAUGGCAUUCGUAUUUGGGCAAACAUUGAUCCUAACCUUCUAUUGGCUGUUUUUCUCCCUGCUCUUCUUUUUGAAAGUUCAUUUUCGAUGGAAGUGCACCAAAUUAAGAAAUGUAUGGCACAGAUGAUUAUUCUUGCUGGGCCUGGUGUUCUCAUUUCAACCUUCUGCCUUGGUUCUGCCUUAAAGCUUACUUUUCCAUAUGAUUGGAGCUGGAAAACAUCAUUGUUACUUGGGGGACUUCUUAGUGCCACUGAUCCUGUGGCUGUUGUAGCUCUUCUGAAAGAGCUUGGUGCAAGCAAAAAACUUAGCACCAUCAUUGAAGGAGAAUCCUUGAUGAAUGACGGGACUGCUAUCGUGGUCUAUCAGCUAUUCUAUCGAAUUGUGUUUGGGGAGAGAUUUAGCUUUGGGGCUAUAGUAGAGUUUCUUAUGAAAGUUUCUCUUGGAGCUGUAGGCAUUGGUCUUGCUUUCGGAAUAGCAUCUGUUUUGUGGCUUGGAUUUAUUUUCAAUGACACUGUGAUAGAGAUUGCCCUGACGCUUACAGUGAGCUACAUUGCUUUCUUCACGGCUCAAGAGGCGGCUGAUGUUUCGGGUGUUCUAGCAGUGAUGACUUUGGGAAUGUUCUUUGCUGCAGUUGCAAGGACUGCCUUUAAGGGUGAUGGUCAACAAAGCUUGCAUCACUUUUGGGAAAUGGUUUCCUACAUUGCUAAUACUCUGAUUUUUAUCUUAAGCGGAGUUGUUAUAGCUGAGGGUGUACUCAGCAGUGACAGUAUUUUUAAAAGUGACGGAGAUGUGUGGGGCUAUGCUAUUCUCCUCUAUGUUUAUGUCCAAGUUUCUCGGAUGAUAGUUGUUGGAGUGUUGUAUCCCUCUCUACGGUACUUUGGCUAUGGUCUGGAUUGGAGAGAUGCUAUUAUUCUUGUAUGGUCGGGUUUGCGAGGCGCUGUGGCCCUAUCACUGUCAUUGUCAGUUAAGCAAUCUAGCGGCAAUUCAUACAUCAGUUCUGAAACAGGAACUCUGUUUGUUUUUUUCACUGGUGGAAUCGUUUUUCUUACACUUAUCGUGAAUGGAUCAACCACUCAAUUUGUUUUACAUUUUCUCAAUAUGGAUAAGUUGUCCACACCAAAGAGGCGCAUAUUGGACUACACAAAAUAUGAAAUGUUGAACAAAGCGCUAGAGGCUUUUGGUGAUCUGGGAGAUGAUGAAGAACUAGGACCUGUUGACUGGCCUACUGUAAAAAGAUAUAUUACAAGCUUAAAUGACGUUGAAGGGGAACGUGUGCACCCGCAUAGUGUAUCUGGAGAUGAUAAUAAACUAGACUCUACAAACUUGAAGGAUAUACGAAUACGCCUUCUAAACGGUGUUCAAGCUGCUUAUUGGGUAAUGCUUGAUGAGGGAAGGAUAAUGCAAACCACUGCAAAUAUCUUGAUGCAAUCCGUUGACGAAGCGAUUGACUUGGUAUCUCUUGAGCCUUUGUGUGACUGGAGAGGUUUAAAGGCUCAUGUUCAUUACCCACACCAUUAUAAGUUUCUCCAAACAAGCAUUUGCCCACAAAAGCUGGUCACACAUUUCACUGUGGAAAGGUUGGAAUCUGCCUGUUACAUUUGUGCUGCAUUUCUCCGGGCCCAUCGAAUUGCGCAGCGGCAACUACAUGACUUCAUUGGUGAUAGUGAGGUUUCAUCUAUGGUCAUCAAAGAAAGUGAGGCAGAAGGAGAGGAAGCAAGACAGUUCCUGGAAGAGGUCCGCGUUACAUUUCCUCAGGUUCUUCGCGUUGUGAAAACAAGGCAAGUAACAUACUCUGUGCUUAACCAUUUAAGUGAGUAUGUCAAAAAUCUUGAGAAGGUUGGUUUGCUGGAAGAAAAGGAGAUGAUUCAUCUUCAUGAUGCUGUCCAGACUGAUUUGAAAAAGCUCCUAAGGAAUCCUCCAUUAGUGAAGAUUCCAAAGAUACACGACUUGGUUAGUUCUCAUCCUUUGUUGGGAGCACUUCCUUCUUCUGUUCGUGAACCACUUGCAAGUUCUACCAAAGGGAUAAUGAAACUACGAGGCGUGACACUAUAUAAAGAGGGUUCCAAGCCAAAUGGAAUUUGGCUCAUUUUGAAUGGAGUAGCAAAGUGGACAAGUAGGAGUUUAAGGAAUAAGCACUCAUUGCACCCAACAUUUACCCAUGGAAGUACUCUGGGCCUGUAUGAAGUUUUGAAUGGCAAGCCGUAUAUCUGUGAUAUGAUCGCUGAUUCUGUUGUACUUUGUUUCUUUGUUGAUGCUGAAAAGAUACUUGCGUUGCUCAGAUCUGAUCCAGCAGUAGAGGAUUUUCUGUGGCAGGAAAGUGUUACUAUUCUUUCCAAACUCUUGCUUCCUCAAUUUUUUGAGAAAAUGGCUAUGCAAGACUUGAGAGUUCUAGUCGCAGAGCGGUCAAUCUUGACUAUACACAUAAGGGGAGAAUAUAUAGAAAUACCUGAUCAUUCCAUUGGCUUUCUAUUGGAAGGAUUUGUGAAAACACAAGGUGCCCAAGAAGAACUGAUUAUAUCUCCUGCUGCACUACUACCUUCACUUGGCGAUCAAAGCUUCCAAGGAUCAGAAACCUCAGGUUUCAAGCAAACCACUUUUCCUCAUCAUGGAUCAUUGUAUCAAGUUGAGACUAGGGCAAGAGUAAUUAUAUUUGACAUUGCUGCAUUUGAAUCCAAGAAGGCUCUGCAGAGAAGGUCAUCUUCAUUUGUGCCACAUCCAGUUGAUCACACCUCUAGAUCCCUCAGUAAAGAACAUGUUGGUUUGAUGAGCUGGCCUGAAAAUUUCUACAAGCCAAUGGAAACUGAUCAAAAUCCUGACGAGAUUGAUCAACAAGCAAGCAGCUUGUCUGCCAGGGCAAUGCAGCUGAGCAUCUAUGGAAGCAUGGUCAAUAUACACCAGCUGCGAACUCCAAGUUCCACACGGAGUAAUCAAGCAAGGCCAUCUCACAGUCUGUCUUACCCAAUAGUUCCCUUAAGUCAUGAACGAGUUUUGGUUUCUGUGAGAUCGGAAGGGUCUUCUACUGUGAGAAAGAACCGUGAAGCAGUCCAAAAGCUCAAAGGACAAGAUCUUGCACGCGAAGUUGAAAGUUCUCGCACUACAAAAGAGAGUCAUGCAAUGAAUGAUUCAAGCGAUGAGUCUGGUGCAGAGGAUGAACUGAUCGUACGGAUUGAUUCACCAAGUAGGCUUUCUUUUCGCCAACCUUAAUGGUUGUUUCUUUAGAUACACUGUUUCAGAACAGUGUUACUCUUGUGACCACACGUGUUCACGCAUUUGUUUAGCAUUUGAUGUGGCACCUUGAAUGCCUAAUGACAUCAUGUGAUGGGUCCAAUAUAGCACAUAUGAAAUUCAACUUGAAGAUAAGUUCCUGUAGACUACAAGUGAUCAUAGUUUUGAAUACGGGUACAUUUAGAAAUUCCAUGAAAGGUCAGGAUUGUCUUUUUGAAGCGUUCAA